AUGGCUGGUUUUAAAAAGGGUCUAGUUGGGCAAAUAACUAAUAAAUUGGAGGAAUUACAUAUUUCAAACACUUUGUUCAUUCAUUGCAUCCUUCAUCAGCACGCACUAUGUGCGAAGGCUCUUAAUAUUUCAUGUGUGUUGAAUCCAGUUAUUCGCAUAAUAAACUUUGUUCGAGGGAGCUCACUUAAUCACCGUCAGUUUAAAGUUUUACUUGACGAUUUUGGAUCUGAAUAUUUUGACUUACCAUAUUACACUGCAGUUAGAUGGCUUAGCUGUGAUAAUGUAUUAAAUAGAUUUUAUAAACUCCGAAGUGAGAUUGAUAUUUUUCUAACCAGUAAAAAUAACUAUUAUCCCGAAUUAUCAGAUCUUGCUUGGCUAUCAAAAUUAUCAUUUUUGGUUGAUGUUACAACUCACAUGAAUGAGCUAAAUCUGAAAUUACAAGGAAAGGAAAACUUAAUUUGUGAUUUCUACAGGAUAAUUAAAGCAUUUCGACAAAAAUUGAUGUUAUUCGAGUCACAACUUGGAGUACGUCAGUUUUCACACUUUUCUUGUUUUAAAAGUUUUUGUGAGGCAAACUGUAAUGAGAUCGACAUUACUUUCCAAAUUGGAAUUAUCAAAGAAUUAAAACAUCAUUUUUUACAUAAGUUUUCUGAACUUGACAAAAUUGAAAGCGAUAUAAUUUUGUUCGAAAAUCCAUUUUCUUGUAAUGUUGAAAAUGUUCAACAUGAAUUACAAUUAGAAGUUAUUGACUUACAAUCAAAUGAACAGCUCAAAGAUUGUCACAGACGGACCAAACUCGCUGAGUUCUACGAAUAUCUCAAGGAUGAUGAGUUUCCGAGACUAAAGAAUUUUGCGAUAAAGAUGAUUUCUAUAUUUGGCACAACUUACCAAUAUUAUAGGAAAUUCACUAAACCUUAG